AACUAGGUACAUCGGCUGUUCACACGCGUCCCAUACGGAUGAUAAAUCUAGAAGGAUCUAUAUCAAGGGAGGACUGCAGAGUUCAAGACAGGUGACCGACCUCCUUCAGCUCCGUGGGAGGAUUUCUGUGAUUUUUCUAUAUUUUUGAAGAGGUAUCUUCAUCAAUCCUGGAGUCAUGUAUGUUGACACAGGAGGGACCACUGAUGGCCAGCAGCCUGAGAGCAGUCAUGAGGCAGGUCAGGUGGUGCGAGUCGCCUCUUGCUGCAGCCCUUUUGUGUAUGCAAAGAUAUGACGCAGGGAAGGUAGUGCAAAUCUUGAGUAAUUGUACUGGUGGCAGUGGCGCAAAUGUCCACACCAGACGUGGUACACAGAGAGGCCGAGCAAGGGGAAGAGGACGGCCCCUUCUCGGUCACCCUUACCACCACAUAAGGUUGCUUCCGAACCCGAACCCCAUGGCCCUGUUCCCUCUCCUGAACACCAUGUUCCUGACCCUAACCAACACCAAAUCCCUCUCCAAGCCCCCCCCCAUACAUACAUGAAAGACCCCCCCCAAUAUCCUCCCCAACAUAUGCACCAAUAUCCUCCCCAACAUCUGCCUCAAUAUCCUCCCCAACAUAUGCCCCAAUAUCCUCCCCAAUAUCUGCUCCAAUACCCACCCCAACAUCUGCCCCAAUAUCCUCCCCAACAUCUGCCUCAAUAUCCUCCCCAACAUAUGCCCCAAUAUCCUCCCCAAUAUCUGCUCCAAUACCCACCCCAACAUCUGCCCCAAUAUCCUCCCCAACAUCUGCCCCAAUAUCCUCCCCAACAUCUGCCUCAAUAUCCUCCCCAACAUAUGCCCCAAUAUCCUCCCCAAUAUCUGCUCCAAUACCCACCCCAACAUCUGCCCCAAUAUCCUCCCCAACAUCUGCCUCAAUAUCCUCCCCAACAUCUGCCCCAAUAUCCUCCCCAAUAUCUGCUCCAAUACCCACCCCAACAUCUGCCCCAAUAUCCUCCCCAACAUCUGCCUCAAUAUCCUCCCCAACAUAUGCCCCAAUAUCCUCCCCAAUAUCUGCUCCAAUACCCACCCCAACAUCUGCCCCAAUAUCCUCCCCAACAUCUGCCUCAAUAUCCUCCCCAACAUAUGCCCCAAUAUCCUCCCCAAUAUCUGCUCCAAUACCCACCCCAACAUCUGCCCCAAUAUCCUCCCCAACAUCUGCCUCAAUAUCCUCCCCACAUAUGCCCCAAUAUCCUCCCCAAUAUCUGCUCCAAUACCCACCCCAACAUCUGCCCCAAUAUCCUCCCCAACAUCUGCCCCAAUAUCCUCCCCAACAUCUGCCUCAAUAUCCUCCCCAACAUAUGCCCCAAUAUCCUCCCCAAUAUCUGCUCCAAUACCCACACGCCCAUAGUUGUUGUAUAAAGUUUGUUAAUGACAGUGGAAGGUUUGAAAGAAUAGUAGGGUUUCGGACACUAUAAAAAUUUAAAGCUUCUUAUCUCCUUUUUUUGCUCGGAACUAAUUUUAAUAUUUCUAUGCAACUUU